AUGACGGCCUUGGAGGAGAGGCCAAGUGAGCCAAGCCUACCAUGGCGCAUGGCGUCUUCGGCUAUAAUGGGCCUUACUGGUGCCAUCUCUCGAGCCUUCUUAUACACCUUUCAUGAUGUCCAGACCGAGAACCAAGCUCGAUUUUUAGAAGUUCUGGACAAGCGUCGAGCCGAGACUCCUGAACGUGGUCUCAUCACUGUCUCAAACCACAUCAGCGUUUUAGACGACCCCCUAAUAUGGGGUGUGCUGCCGCUCAAGUACAAUAUGUACCCCCUGAGUGCGAGAUGGGGUCUGGGUGCUCAUGACAUCUGCUUCAAGAACCGCGCUUUCAAAACGUUCUUUACCCUCGGUCAGGUUUUGCCGACAUAUCGCUUGCUGCACUCCCCCUAUGGCGGAUUAUUCCAGCCCACCAUGACCCAGGCCAUCCGCUUAGUAUCCGGCCCCGGGGCACUGUUCCCCUUCAAAGCCGCCUUCGAAGCUGGAAACAACGAAGUAUUUUCCGCGCCCACUUACUACAGAAGCAAGCACGGCGCGUGGGUUCACGUGUUCCCCGAAGGCUGUACGCAUCAAAAUCCUGAACGAACCCUCCGUUAUUUCAAGUGGGGUGUUUCCCGGUUGAUCCUCGAAUCCGACCCGGCCCCCCAGCUCGUUCCCAUGUUCAUCGACGGAUUCUCAGACAUCAUGCCGGAGGAUAGGAAGUGGCUGCGAUUUCUCCCACGCAUCGGUGCCAAGAUUCGCGUCUUUUACGGCGAGGCUCUUGAAGUGGGCGAGGCCUUCAGAGAGCAGCGUCUAAAGUGGAAGCGUAUCGUGCAGAAAGAAGUGGAGGCCCGAGGCAAACCAUUGAGCGUCGGCGAAGUACCAGAGUCCCUGAAGGAUCAUCCUGAAGCGAUCCAGCUGCGUGUAGAAGUCGCCAAGACUGUCAGAGACAUGGUGCAAGAGCUGAGGAUAAGUGCGGGAUAUCCUCGUGACAGCCCGGCAUUCGCUCUUGCUGAGACAUGGGAGCGCGAACCCGAGGACAAGCAGUUUAAGAGUCCUGUAGAUGACAGCCUGGUUAACAAAGAAUAA